AAAACUUUAAAAACUCCCAAGUAGCCGAGGAGGCACACCAAGGCAAUUAACGGUAAUUUAACUUAACCUAAACAACUCUCACUGAUCAAGGCGCCCAAAUUCCGACCAUGCCAGCGAAAUCCGGCCGCCGGGAAAAGCACCGGAAGCUCCUCAAAGUAAAAUUAAAGAUUAAAAAGAAGGCUAAAGAAUCAUCAGGAGUGACCCGAUUAGUUCGCAAGUAUUGGGUACAGAGGUACAAUUUGUUCUCGAGGUUUGAUGAGGGAAUUGAGUUGGAUGAAGAGGGAUGGUACUCUGUCACGCCCGAAAGUAUCGCGGUCCGGCAUGCUAAGCGGGUUGAGGAUGGGUUGGUUGUGGAUUGUUUUACGGGUUGCGGUGGCAAUGCCAUUCAGUUUGCGGCAAUGGGUAAUCAUGUUAUUGCCAUUGAUAUUGACCCAUUCAAAGUUGCACUGGCAUAUAAUAACGCUGUGGUAUAUGGUGUGGAGGAUUAUAUUGAAUUUAUUGUAGGAGACUUUUUUCAACUUGCGCCAUCUCUAAAGGGUGAUGUAGUAUUUCUAUCACCGCCAUGGGGAGGUCCAUCAUACAUUCAGAGUCAGAAGUUUACACUUGAUAUGUUGAAGCCAAAAGAUGGGUGGUCUCUCUUUCAAGCUGCUCAAAGCAUAACACCCAACAUUAUUAUGUUCUUACCUCGAAAUGUGGAUAUAAACCAAGUAGCAGAACUUUCUUGGCUGUCUUCUCCUCCUUUAGAUGUUGAGAUUGAAGAAAAUUAUGUGGGGGAAAAUGCAAAGGCUAUAACUGCUUAUUUUGGUGAUGCUACCAACUAAACUCGAUCAUCUUAAAGCUUACUAGACAGAAGAAAGUUGUGUGGACUUGUCAUGUUUUUACUGGGUUCAAAUCGUGGAGAUCUUUUGUUCUUUCUGUUUUUUUUUUCCUAGAUUUUUUUAGUAUAUAUUAUUUUCCUAGAUUCAACUGAUAAUAUUCUUACAUUCUAAUUACACUGUAAUAUUCAUCUUACCUUUUCUUUUCA